AUGGUACAUAUCCAUGGGGUUGGGCCGAGUGACUUGUCCAAGGCCACGCAGGCCAGCAGUGUUUCCCUCACCUGUCAAAGCCCCGCCCCCCUCCCCGCUCCUGGCUCCACCCCGGGCCCGGCCGGCCUCCUAGCCCCGCCCUCAAGGCCCGGAAGCGAAAGCGGCUCCACCUCUUCCGAGUGGGGUCACGGCCCCGCGGGCAGGAGCCGGGAUUCUGAGAGUGCGGGGCGCUUGGCGGGUCAAGGCCGCCCCUCGCCCGGCGCCAUGUCCCGAAACCUGCGCACCGCGCUCAUUUUCGGCGGCUUUGUCUCCCUGAUCGGCGCCGCCUUCUACCCCAUCUACUUCCGGCCCCUCAUGCGGCUGGAGGAAUACCAAAAGGAACAAACCAUAAAUCGAGCUGGUAUUAUUCAAGAAGAUGUGCAGCCACCAGGGUUAAAAGUGUGGUCUGAUCCAUUUGGCAGGAAAUGAGAAGGCUGUCACCAACUCUGACUCUGAAAGUAGACAUCUUCAUGCUUUUGAUUCUGCAGCAAAUAAAAAUCAGCAACCUGUGGAACAAUGGCUGGAGAAGAAAGCUUUGUAAUGCCGUAAAUAAGAGUACUUGUGAUGAACGAUUGUGCACGAGGAUUACUAUUCCCUUAUUUCCCUUUUUGAGUAUCAAAAGGACUGUGAAACAGAUCACACCAUUAGAAAGGUUUCAUGAUUCUGGUUGACUUUUAAAAAUGAAGUUACUUCAUUUGUGUGUUUGGAGUAGAUCUACUUAUUAUUAAGUCUUUACUAGUUACCCAAACAAGCUGUGAUAUGAAGACAAACAACCAGUGGACUUGGAAAGAUCCAAGUCUAUUUUGCCAUCUUCCAAAUAAGAGAUUUCAGUGAAAAUCUCUGAGCUGCCUCAUAGAGCUCUUUGAAAAUAUUAAAAUUAAGAAAGCUCUUUGAGGAUAAGGUACUUUGUGCUCUUUAAGCAUAAACAGUUCGCUUAACCAGAUUGCUCUGUGUUGGAAAAUAAAUAAAUAUGAAACCAGUCAAACUAAAUUGAUACUCAUGCGUAGUAGAAAUCAACAUUGAAUUAAUAAAGUGAAAAUGUAUAUAUUAAAAUGAUUUGCUUUUACUUUA